UGUUAAUAAUUAUAUAUAUAUUUUUUCACUUACAUGUUCAGUACCGCCCACAGUAUUCAAAUUCAAAUACUUUUGCACACCUCUUUUUUAACGUAUUCAAAACCUUCAAAAACCAUAAUAUAAAUUGCGGAAAAAAAAAAAAAAAAAACUAAUUAGCGCCUUUAAAUAGAACCAGAAGACUUUAACUAAAAAAACAGAACCAGAAUUAAUGGAGAAGAUUGGCAAGCACUUUGUUCUAGUUCAUGGGAUUUGCCAUGGAGCUUGGUCCUGGUACAAGCUUGUCAACCUGCUCAAAUCGGCCGGUCACCGUGUCACUGCUUUGGACCUCGCCGCUUCCGGGGUGGACCCGAAGCCAAUCCACGAGAUCGCGUCCAUAUCGGACUACAUACGACCGUUGAUGGACUUCAUGGCCUCCCUACCUCAUGAUGAGGGAGUGGUCAUUGUUGGUCACAGUUAUGGUGGCCUGGCCAUUUCUCUAGCCAUGGAGAGCUUUCCCGAGAAAAUCUCACUUGCAGUUUUCAUCACAGCCUACAUGCCUAAUCUUGAUGGUCCUCCAUCAUCUAUCAUGCAAGAAUUCUUUAGGAGGACCUCACCGGAGUCUCUUAUGGAUAGCCGAUUAACGUUUGAUCAAGGGCCGGAGGGUCCUCCGACUUCGGUAAUUUUUGGUCCAGAUUAUAUGGCAACUAAGGCUUAUAAACAUUGUCAACUGGAGGAUUUGGAAUUAGCCAAGAUGCUGGUAAGGCCAGGUGGGUUGUUUAUGGGAGACAUGGCCAAGGAAUCUCUACUAACAAAAGAGAAAUAUGGAUCAAUCGCUAGGGUUUAUAUCGUGUGCGAAGAAGAUGAAGUGAUGGUGAAAGAAUAUCAGUUAUGGCUGAUUCAGAAUUACAAACCUAAAGAAGUGAAAUCCAUAGCAGGAGCUGACCAUAUGGUCAUGCUCUCCAAACCCACACAGCUUUGCAAUUGUUUGCAAGAUAUUUCUGAGAGAUAUUCUUAAAUAUUGUCCUUCAAGGAACAUAAAUUUAAGGGUUAGAAAUGUCUUAUCUUUUAUGUCUGGCUACAGAGAUGGCAUAUAAUUAUUAUGACUUUAAAGUAAUGCUCGCUGAAAAUUGCGAAAUUUUUUAAGGCCAAUUCGUAUGAAAUGAUCUCCGUUCUCUCUGCAUGGGAAGGGAUCCGCCAACUCCUUUUUAAUUUGAAAAAUAUGUAACUCAUUUCCAAUAUGAAUAGCAUGCCUUA